UUUUUUUUUUCUUCUUCUGCUAAACAUAGGUCCAAUCAUAUGAAUGGUAAGAGUAAACAGCGUGGAGAAAUGAAUGGAUGCGAUGGUCUGCGGGGUUGGAACCUAUCUCUUUUUCCUCUGAAUCCUUUUUUUUUUCAUUGUCUUUACACUUUCUUUUCUCUUUCAUUUACCUAUAACUUUUAUUUAUAUAUCCUUACAUUAUGAAAGCUGAAAAGAAUAUUGCUUUUUUUGACUUUGACUGGUCUCUUAUAGAACAAGACAGUGACUUUUGGACCAUUUCAAAGUUAUCCGAAGCUCAAUGGAAUCAAUGUGAAACUCUUAAAUCCAUGCAAUGGACAGACUUGAUGGAUCGGUCUAUUUGUGAACUACAAGAUAAUGGGGUGACCUUGGAUCAAUUUGAAAAUGUUUUACAAAAAAUUCCUUUUACACCAGCUAUGAUUGCUACUUUGAAAUUAUUGAAAGAACAUGAUACUCAGGUGGUGAUUUUAUCAGAUGCCAAUACAUUUUAUAUUGAGACUAUAUUGAAGGCAUAUGGUGUUCGUGAUUUGGUUCAUGAUAUCAUCACCAAUCCUGCCUACUUUGAUGAUAAAAAUCGUCUUCGUAUUCGUCGUCGAAUCCUUGCUACUGCUCCUCCUCACAAUUGUCCAAAUGUAUGCGCUCUUAAUAUUUGCAAAGGACAAGAAAUAGAUACAUAUAUUAGGAAUCAUGGUCCCUUUCAAAAAAUCAUAUAUGUUGGUGAUGGCAAGAAUGAUUAUUGUCCUGCUACUCGUCUUCGAGAACAAGAUCGUAUGUUUGUUCGAUCUGGAAAAGCAUUGGCUAGGUACUUGGAAAGAGAAUCUCAUAUUUUAGCCGCCAUCAAAGCCAAGAUCACCUAUUGGGAUUCAUCAGAAAUAGUUAGAAGGGCCGUGGAGGAUGAAAAAUUAUAGUUAGAUUAGUUGUGUUUACUGUUAUUUCAUUAGAGUAAGAUAUCUUCUUUUUUUUUUUAAUAAACUCUGACUUUUGAAGCCUUUUGUUUAUUUGAAAGUUG